AUGGAGUUCCGGCGAGGAAAGUGGUGGCAGGUGCCCGAAAACAACGAGGAAGAGGGUUUCCCCAACUGGGCGCGGGUCUACUCAGAGCUGGAAUAUGCGCUGAACCGAUUGGAACACCCGAACAAGGAUGGCGCGGGUUUAUUUGACCAGGAAGAGGGAGGGAUUAUGGUGCCUGGCGUAGGCAAGGCAGGCUUCGAUCUGACGGCCAAGAGCGAGGAGUGGCGACAAGGGUACUACGAAGUCUUGAUGGGCAUGGGUAAUGCUGCAGAGAGGUUAGAUGGAUGGGUGACGGACAAGUGGAGGAGAAACGUGUGGGCGCCAGAAUUCAUUCAAUCGCCCUCGAAUCCACGACCGAAAGCUGUUCUUCCUGGCAUGCCCGAGCCACCAGAUGAGGAACAUCGCUUUCCCGCGGCGGAAGCACCAGAGACGUUCUACCUCAAGGUCAUCACCUCCAAGGGGUUUACAACAUAUCAACGGCUAUCAGCUGCGCUGAGCUAUGCCGACUGGCUCAACUUCAGAAAGCUCCCCGACUCGGCGGAGGAAAUGUAUAGAUGGGCACUUGACAUUGCUAUUGCAGGCCUACCCACACCCGAGCCUUCGACAGUCAUCGACCGAGACAGUGCCAUUCUGUCGUCUACGACACCCAAGGAAGCAGUAACACCAAACAUCCUCUACGCGGCGACAAACCUCGCUACCUUUCUAGCGGAACAACGAAGAGUCUCGUCCGCACUCCCAAUCUUCGUCUCGCUGCUCCGUGCUCGUAUCGAAGCCCAGGAGGCGCAUCUUCCUAUGGUUCAGGCACAAAAGGACUCUACUCUCAUCGGUACUUUGUUCAGCUUACUGCGUGAACCCGACUAUCCAGGGGUACCACCCUCAGGCGACGAACCACUCCUCCGCAGAGAAAGCGACCGCUGCGAAGAAGCCGCCUUGAAGAACUAUAUUGGCGAGAUCCUUUUCGCGACAGCCGGCAACUCAUCUAGUCAACGCCAACAGGGCCUCUCAUGGGUGCGCGAUGGUGUCUCUACCUCCAAGCUCGCGCAAUCGCUCGAACCCAUACGCGCCAACGACGACCUCCGCAAGAAGUGCGAAAAGUGCGAGGAGGUCGGUCUCGAAUCGUGGGGGAAGAUCAUGACUUAUUUGGCUGCUGAGGCCCGCGAGAAGCGGGAUCAGGCGAAGAGUGGAGGUCUGAAGGGGCUGGUGUGGAAGGUCAAGGGCACCAAGGCCCUGGAUGAGGAUGUGGAGAACCUAGAGGGUGAAGAAGAGGGCGUCAUUCUUCGGCUCAACAAGCUCAGAAGCAAAAUGCUCAAGGAGGAGUAUGAGGAGAUGGAUCGCAAGUUUGCGCGAACCUUUGUAUUCUAG